UACAUUUCCGGUAGUGAUCAGCACGUUAGUCGCCAGUUUCCCCAAACAUUCACAGUCAUGACCGCAUCAAUUGAGAGUUUGUUGGAGGAAAUCUCCACUGUUGAAGAUCCAAUUGAAGAACUGCAGAGUUUAAAGACGGCCCUUUUGUCCAUCCCUGUCAGCGCUUUGAGGGACACAGUGAGUGGGCAGCGUCUGGAUGUCAUCUUCUCCCUCUUAAACUCCAAUGAAAGAGAGCAGGUUGAACUAUGUGUGGACAUCCUGGAGCGUGUCUUAAUGGCGCUCAGCCCUGUUCACCUGGCCCAGAACUACCAAGCAGAGCUGCAGGGAGGUCUCAGCCAUCCUAAUGAAAAUGUCAAGAUAUUAGCCUUGACUCAGAUUGGCAGAAUGGUAGAGCACCCUGACGCUGUCACUGAAAUCCUCAACAACCACGGCAUUCUUUGCUCUGUCAUCCAGUGCAUUGGAGAGGAGAAGAUGGCUGUGGCCAAGCAGGCCAUUCAGUCGUUGUGUAAACUGAGUCACUCAAAGCCUGGUUUAGACAAACUGUUCCAGAGCGACCUGCUGAAAACUGUCAAGGAUGUGAUGGCCAUUAGUGACAUUGUCAGAUACAGAGUAUACGAGCUGGUUGUGGAAAUCUCAUCUGUGUCUCCCAUUUCACUCGGCUACUGUGCCAACAGCAGCAUCAUUUCUCAGAUGUUAGGUGAACUGACAGGAGAUGACGUAUUGAUCAGAGCUACAGCCAUUGAGAUGGUGACAACCCUAGCCCAUAGUCAGCAUGGCCGCCAAUACUUGGCCCAGCAGGGUAUAAUGGAUAAGAUCUCCAACAUGAUCAGAGGAGCAGAAACUGACCCUUUCUCUUCUCUCUACCUUCCAGGUUUGGUGAAGUUUUUUGGGAAUCUGGCCAUUAUGGACAGUCCUCAGCAGGUUUGUGAAACAUAUCCGGCCUUCCAGAACAAAGUGUUUGAGAUGGCCCUGGACCCAGACCCUGCCAUGAUCGGUGUGGCUCUGGACACUUUGGGCUUACUUGGGUCCACCGUGGAGGGAAAACAGGUCCUGCAGAAAACAGGGGAAAAAUUCAAGACAGUGCUGUCAAGAAUGAGCCAACUCGCCGGCUCUGGAGCCACAGAGCUCAGAGUACGAAGUUUAGACGCCAUAUCUCAGCUGCUGACACUACAGCCAGAGCAGCAGACAGAAGACCUUUUGGCUCUGACUGAGUCCUGGUUCCAUGUUCUGUCUAAUCAGCCCAUGGACAUGAUUCGCAACAUCAGCACACAGCCUUUCCCAGAGCUGCACUGUGGGGCUCUGCACAUAUUCACUGCUAUCGCUUCUCAACCAUGGGGUCAGAGGUUAAUGAUCGCAACCCCCGGGUUCAUGGAGUUCAUACUGGAUCGGUCAACAGGCCAGACCAAGGAGGCUAAGGAUGCCAAGUUCGAGCUGGUGGGGUCACUUGUGAGUUCUUCAGCAGCAGCUCAGAUUCUGGGCAGCCAGCAUUACCUCCAGCUGAAGACGUACCUCAGAGAAGGGCCGUACUAUGUUUCAGCUGUAGCCUCAGUCAGCACAGAAGGGGCAGACUGAGUCAAAGCAGCUCUGAUGCACUUUAUGGGUCUUUAGUUAAUGCUUAAGUAACGGUGAAGUGCCUGAUAAAUGUUACUCACAUGUCACACACUGCCAUAAUAAACCUAAGCUUUUCAAAGUAGAUGAAGAAACCUGAGUUAACCCGUUCAGCUGAAUAUUCGGAGUAUAUUCAGUUCAGCUCCAUGUAAAACCACAGGAUUCAGAACAGAUCAUUUAGAUUUAGAUACCCAGAAUGCAUUCACAAAUGAUGUAAAAUGAGUUAAUUACUUUGUCGAGGGUUCAUUUAUCUGUGCUGUCUAAAAUAAAGCGUUCAUUAAAUUUAAGUGUGAAAAUCAACUUCCUUUUGGCUCAAUAUCACCAUGACUGGAAAACAGAUACGAGAAAUAUUUGUUGGACUCGCUGCUAACAUGUAUAAUUAGUCUUUACCAACUACUUAAGCACUAAUUUCAGAGCCAUUCAUUGUGUCAGAAUUUACCCUUUAGAGGUUUACCGUUAUUUCCACAGAUUCACAUCCUCACAGCAUCUUUAAACCCGUCAGGACUGGACCAAUAAUACACACUCAGUAAUCAGACUCCUUUCUGCCAAACCCAUCAAAUGUGGAUGCAAUUUCUUUUGUUUGAAAUAUUUAUUUUUUACCAGAUGGAAUUAAGUGUAUUUGUAAUUAAAGAGGAUGCAGUCCGACUGUGA